CUCCCUAGCUAUAUAAACAGGCGCAUUAUCAAACCACCACCAAUACAUUGCCGGUCGUCACAGCGUCCGUACAUACAGUCAAUUUUUUUUUUCUAAAUUUCUUUUUGUGCCAGUGCUUCUGGAAAGUUCAUCUUGUUUAUCACAGGAUCCAAUUUUAUUAGGAUGAAGGUGCUGAUUGUUUGUCUGGCCUUAGUGGCUGUGAGCCUCGCCAUGCCCGUCGCAGAAGAUAAGCCAGAUGUGCCUGUCGCACCAGUUGCUGCAGCGGAAAUAAAGAGCGGGGAAGAAAAAGUUCAGAACGAUGCACAGCCAGCGGUUCCAGAAGCAAAAAAAGAAGAGCCAGUACCUGAAGAAAAAGAAGCAAGCGCACCUAUUGACGCAGAAGCCAAGAGCGCACCUUCUCCCAUUGAAGCCGCUGUAGAUUCCAAACCUGCAAAAGAGGACGAUAAAGAAUCUAAGAAAGAGGAAAUUCCACAGGUAAAAUCAGAAGAACCAGCUAAAGACGCCGCCCCUUCAGAAGAAAAACCACAACAAAAAAGUGAAAGCCCUGAAGCCGAAUCCAAACCAGAGUCCAAACCUGAAGAAUCACAAGCAAAAGUAGAAGAAGUUGCACCAGCCGUUAAAUCUGUGAGUGUUGAUGAAGCAAUUGACGUUGUUAGCGCAAUUAAAAACCCAGCUGCAGUAGCUGAUGAUGUUGUUGACCUGGCCGCAAUCAACCCUAUUUCUGAAAGUCAGCCUGCCGUCUCUACCAAGUCAGCGGAGCCUGAAGAGAAAAAAGAUGAAGCACCAGAAUCUGAAGUCGCUGCUAAAAGUGAAAACGUCGAUGAAGCCAAACCUGUUGAACAGAAAGCUGAAGAGAAGAAAGAAGAGCCUGCUGCAAAAUCACCCGUUCCUGAAGCACCAGUUGAACCCAAAUCUGGCGACGCUGGAGUAGCCGCUGAUUCGCCACGCGUAGUUCGUGAUGCUGUGGACGAAAAACCAACAAGCGCCGAUGCUGCCAAGGAGGAAACAAAAUCUGCUGAUGUUGCCAACGCCGAAGAUAAGCAAGCUGAGAUACCUGCGAUUUCUGUCAAAUCUGCCGAAUCCAGUGAAGAAUCAAAGGAAAAGGAGGAAAAAGUUGAAGACAAAAAAGACGACGCACCAAAGGAAAAAGCAGCACCCAUUGAACCUGCACAGCCAAAAGAAGAAAGCGAGAAAAAACCCGAAUUGAAAGAAACUGCUCUCCCUUUAAAUGCCUCUACUAAAGACAGUUCUGAGGAAAGCUCAGAAAGUUCUGAAACUAGCAAAGACUCGUCAGAGGUUAGCGCUGAAAAAACUGAAAAGUCGAGCGCUCCUACCUCCUCUUAGAUAAGCAAAACUCCAGAGGCGGUAGGCGUGUGUCGACAGAAAUUCCCUCGACACGCGCCCUCCGCCAGCAAGAGGCAAAUUGCCCUAUGCAGUGCGUUUGUGAUGGGUUCCCGUUUCCGCCGGCUACGAUCGGAAAAACGCGUGAAUGUCAGACUAGUUAGAGACUUAUUUAAAUAGUAGAAACUGAAGAACUACCUAAGUUGUAAUUAUUUUCAAAUAAAUUAUCGAAUUUCCGGUACUAUAAGUAAUAAAUAAAUACGUUUUUUA